AUGCGUUGUGACAAGAAAAAAUAUGAAUCAAGUCAAAAUUCUUAUUCUAAUUGGCCUGCUCAAGCAAGACUUCAUCCAGUUGGGCAAAGAUCUUAUUCGACACCUGAUUCAUCAAUUUGUCACUAUUCUGUUCCGCUGAGUUUUUCAUUUGAGCCAGUUUCAUUGCCUAUUUAUUCUGCACUCAUUCAGCCUCAAAGAAAUUGUGGAGUGCCUUUAGAAAUUGAAAAUCAUUCCAAUAAGUCGAAACAUCACAAAUCGAGUACCAAAAAUAGAAGAAGUAAAACUAAUUCUAUAAAUGAAGUACCUGCAAUUUUUCAUACUCCUAGAUUAAGCAAUGGAGAUCAACAAGAUUACACAAGUUUACCUCCUGUUAAUUGUGAUCUCUAUGGUCCAAAAUCUAGUGAUAAUGAAAUUUUUUGUAAGAGACGAUUUAGCGAUCCUGGCAUUGGACAAAUGUCAUCCGAUGAUUGUUCAAGCACCAGGUCUGAAUGUAGCAGUAAAUCUGCUGCUACUACAGAAGCAGGCUCUCAAGAAUUUUUUUCAGUUAUAAAACAAGUUAACGAGCUCAAAGAAAGUAAUAGUCAUUUGAGAAGGGAAUUGCAAGAAACAAAAUUGGAAUUAGAAACUUUAAAAAUAAAUUCAAAAAUAUGGAAAACAGACUGUGAGAGUUUCAAACCAGGUGCCUUAUCAGAUGCCAUUUUCGAAAUACGUAACGCUGUAAAACUUGGAGAAGAAGCCUUAAUAUCAAGGGUGACUCAAAUGCUUGAAAAAACAACUCGAGAAUUUAAUGAGGUGAGCCAUUGCCAAAGAUUUUUUUCUUACUUCAUAAAAUAUGCUAAUCGAUUUUGA